GAGAAUGGCGCCGGGCGGGAGCAGGUCGCCGAGAGAACUACAAGCAGGAGGCGGGGUCCAGGGAGAGGGAUCUACGCGGCUAGCAGUGGCGAAGGCAGUUGUAGCGGCAGCAUGAAGCGGACCCCGACCGCCGAGGAACGAGAGCGCGAAGCUAAGAAACUGAGGCUUCUUGAAGAGCUCGAAGAUACUUGGCUUCCUUAUCUGACCCCCAAGGAUGAUGAAUUCUAUCAGCAGUGGCAGCUGAAAUACCCGAAACUGAUUCUCCGCGAAGCCGGCAGCGUACCCGAGGCGCUCCAUAAGGACGUGCAAGAAGCCUUCCUCACGCUGCAUAAGCAUGGCUGCUUCUUUCGGGACCUGGUCAGGAUCCAGGGCAAGGAUUUGCUCACCCCGGUCUCUCGCAUCCUCAUCGGCAACCCAGGCUGCACCUACAAGUACCUCAACACCAGGCUCUUCACGGUGCCCUGGCCGGUGAAGGGCGCUAGUCCGAAAUACGAGGAGGCGGGUAUCGCUGCUGCCUGUCAGACCUUCCUCAAGCUCAACGACUACCUGCAGACAGAGACGAGCCAGGCUUUGGAGGAACUCGCUUGCAAAGAGAAAGCUAAUAUCGAUGCCGUGCCGGUGUGUAUCGGUCCAGAUUUCCCCAGGGUCGGGCUGGGGGCCUUUGACGGGCAAGACGAGCUGGACAUUAAGAACAGAGCCGCAUACAACGUCACUCUGUUGAAUUUCAUGGAUCCCCAGAAAAUGCCGUACCUGAAGGAGGAGCCUUAUUUUGGCAUGGGCAAAAUGGCCGUGAGCUGGCAUCAUGAUGAAAAUCUGGUGGAACGGUCGGCGGUGGCCGUGUACAGUUAUAGCUGUGAAGGCCCAGAAGAGGAAAGUGAGGAUGACCCUCAGCUCGAAGGCAGAGACCCUGAUACUUGGCAUGUCGGUUUUAAGAUCUCGUGGGACAUAGAGACUCCUGGCUUGGCAAUACCCCUUCACCAAGGAGACUGCUACUUCAUGCUUGAUGAUCUCAAUGCCACCCACCAACACUGUGUUUUGGCUGGUUUACCACCUCGGUUUAGUUCCACCCACCGAGUGGCAGAGUGCUCGACCGGAACCUUGGAUUAUAUCUUAGAACGCUGCCAGCUGGCUCUGCAGAAUGUCCAUAAUGAGGUGGACAAUGGUGAUGUUUCUUUGAAAUCCUUUGAGCCUGCAGUUCUGAAACAAGGAGAAGAAAUCCACAACGAGGUCGAGUUCGAAUGGCUGAGACAGUAUUGGUUUCAAGGCAAUCGAUACAGAAAAUGCACUGAUUGGUGGUGUCAACCCAUGACUCAACUGGAAGGACUGUGGAAGAAGAUGGAAGGCGUGACAAAUGCUGUGCUUCGUGAAGUUAGAAGAGAGGGGGUCCCCGUGGAACAAAGGACUGAAAUCCUGACUGCCAUCCUUGCCUUGCUCACCACACGUCAAAACUUGAGGAGGGAGUGGCACGCCAGGCUGAAGAUGAGCAUUUUCCAAGAAAGGAGACAGUUAAGAGUAUGAACUGUGCAUUCCGACUGGGUGUUGGAAAGCUGCUGCUCAGGUAUGUGUAUUAUCUCUAAACUCAGACUUGCAUUAAAAGAAUAAUUUCAGAAUUCACCUUGAUACUCACCCCUUCCCCUCUUUUUCGUAGUGUAGUCAGAUCAGAGUAAAUGACAGUUUCAGCUACAGUAAUUAAAUAAUCUCCAAUUUAACUUUUCUUGUAUUCCAAUUUCAGCAUAUAUAUUCAUUAAAGUAUGCAUAUUUUACUAAAUACUGGAAUAUCCGUGCGGGGACAUCUAAGAUGUGUUUCUCUGCGUUUAACCUUUUAUAUCUCCCCCCCCCCCCCGGUGAUUCUUAUUAAAUAGGAAAGAGAGAAAGAAAGGAAUUUCCCUGUAAUCUCUCUUCCACCACCUCCUACCCCCACCCCACCAUCCCUCCAAAGACAGCACAGCCCAGAGACCAAAUGUUGAGGAUGGACGUCUUCUGUUGAGUGCAUUUGGUUUGUUAACAAUAAUUUCCUAGUACACCGAAUCAUCAGACAACAUGCCCAAAAUGGCCUGUUUAAAGGAAGUCUGGUUUCAGCAUUUCUGGCCCUUACUGCUAACAGUUUAAUCAGGAGCUGGAGCCAGUGUUGAAGUUGAUGGAGUCUAGCAUCUGAAACAGAAAUUCUCAAGUCCUUUGUGGUAGGGGAGGAGAAAAGAAAGAGCUUAGCAGCUGACACUCUGCAGGCCCCUUUAAAACUAAACACCUGAAAGCAAAUUUCAAGAGGGUCAUGUCUUGAGAGCUCAGAAGGAAAAGUGUCUUCAGAGUAUUAAAUAACCAUAAUCCUCCCCCCCACCCCUUCUCCACCCUCAUUUGAUGUUUCCCAUCCCAGUGACCUAUCUAAAAGACUCAUCCAUAUGAUCUGUAUAAACAGACUGUUACCAUACACCUCUCUUUUCCUCAUCAAAGCAUCCCCUGACCGUCUGGAACCGGGCACUGGCCCGAGUAGCCAUCAGGCCGGUGGUGGUGAAAGUUAUAAAACAUCCACCACCGUGCUUCCCGAGCCGCCUGUGUUUUAGAGAUUGGCCCAUUGUGUACUUUGGAAUUACACGAGGAAAAAUGUGCUUUGACAGAAAAUAAUUAGCGCUCGCCAAAGGCCAAGCAAUAGGUUAGAGUAUUUUACUUUCAUCAAAGCUAUCAGGGGAUCAGUUAGAUUAGAUAAUAGAAAUUUUUUCCUCUGAAAGUUAAAUACAGAUGACUCUAAUUACCUUCUAUUGCAUGUUGGAGAAUGCGUUAUGAAUAGUACAACUUCAAGAAAUGUAGGUCAGCGGAGACUUUCGUGGGAGGCCAUUGUCAUAAAGGGCCCCCGCCCCCGCCCCGCAGGCUCCCCUGCAGUAAUGAUAUUAGGGAGAAUAUUUUAAAGCCGAACUUGUAACUGGGUUUUAAAAUACUUGUCUCUCUCUCAGGCCAAGAGCCGAGCCAUUGUUUGGGACUCCCUGAAGUCUCUUAAACUGAAAGCAUAUGUUCCCCGUAAUUUAGCUUUUUGAGGAAAGUGUCACUUCUGCCUGACUCGGGGUAACCGAGUUUGUCACAGUGUCACACAGCCCUGCGAUUCCAGAGGCACAGCUGAAUGCCGUGGGUUUCCUUCCCCAAGCUCGGUAAUCCCAGAAACAAGGCUCUCCAAAUAGGCUUAUUAGGGCUGUCUAUUCACUUCCCCCGAGCUGAAUGAUCCAAAGUACAUCAGGAGAAGCUGUGUGAAUGCAGGGUAAGUGUUAACAGAAGUGGUACAGAAUUUCUGAAGAUUUGGCUUUGUUUAUACAGUCCACUCUGCCUGAUGGACAGCUUGUUAUAGCUUUUAAAGAACUGGGCAAGCCCUCUGAUCUGACCCCUUCUUGACCUCCGCAGCCCAAAGGUCAGUCUGUAGCUAAUAAACCCUGAGGUUCUUAGGGUCUACUGUAGGAAAAGGCAGAAAAAGAGCAGCUGCAGGGACUGGGUGUCCCGGGUGAGGCUGCGUGAGGGUCACUCUCUGAUAAUGAAAAUGAUUACCAAAUUAUAUGGAGGUUUAACCGCAAUAGUGAGAGAGAAGAGGGUGGAGCCCCGCGUAUUAGGUCUGAUAAAUGAACUGUGAAGAAGGCCCAUCUGGCUCUCAACGUCUUGUCUCCCCCUCUCUCCCUACCAAGGGGAAACAUUUUAAAAUAACAGCAGUACAUAUAGACUCAAUGACCCAUGCAAGGAGCUGGAAUGGAUUAAGAUUUAAUGGUGACAGUGGAAGAAAUUAUCAUUUGAAAAGUGCGCUGAAGAAAAGGUACAGCUCCAUGUCCCUGCCCGAGUUGUUUUUCCUAAAUAAAAUAAUAGCAAAACAUCGGCGCCUUGGUUUAUUUUCCGCAAAUCCGUAGCGCCUUUCCUCGAUUGUGGAGAAUUUUGAGGGCAUGUCUGUUGUGGAAUAAUUAUCCGUAGCCAGCCGAAGGAAAGGAAUGGGCUUCCUUUGCCUUGAACACAUCGGAAUGAGAGUCAGAUAUUUUAUUUUCAGCUUGCUCGCUCAGUUGAGCGAAUGUAGGUAAAUCAAGCGUUUGAGAAAAUGCUCUACAAAAAAAUUGCGUUCCACUUCAGCCUCUGGCCACCGAACAUUACGCAUGUUUGGAUACUGAAUAUCCGUGUCACUCCCAGACACUGUUUUGUUCUUACCACAACUUCGCGAUUUCUUGUCUGUAAAAGGAAGACAAAAGCACAUAAUGUUAAUUGAGUAGAUGGGUUUUUUCCUUUCUUUAUUCCUUUUUCCAAGAACCAUCAUAGCGAUGUUAAUUUUUGCCAAUAGUGGGCGGGUCAUAAGCUGCUUGUUCACGUACUGUUAAUUGAUAAGAGUAAUCUACUUAAAGCUCUCUCCCAGCUCCCUGUGAACAUAGAGUGUCCUGGCUUCCGACCAGCAACAUAGGGCUUCACAAAGCUCCGUACUUCUCCUUGGGAGACGGCGGGCACAGCCUGUGACUCUGUGCUCUGAAACAAUGAGUUGAGUCCAUUAGCAUUUUUGUAUGUUUCGUACACGUACCACACACAAAACACUGCGUGAGAGACUGGGCGUGAGAAAAUGCGUUCGGCAGCCAGUUGAAGCAUGUAUCUGGGGAUGAGAUUCUAGCAAGUUCCCAGAAAGGGGCCAUGAAGGCAGUGGAAAGGAAGGCGGGGGAACCAUCAUUAACCACAACAGAGUGGCAAGUUGCUCCAACCCACUCAGGAGAGUAUUUCACUGUAGACAUCUUUGCAGACUAGAAUUGCUGUACUAUUGAAAAUCCUCUUAUGGUAAACUACACUGUCUACAUAUACAAGUGUCACCCAGACGGUAGUUAUAUUUAAAAUAGAAACAAAAAGUUUCUAAACAUUAUCUAAAGUCAGUGUAUGUUUCAUCUUGUGUUUUGACUUGACCUUGUCUGCCUGGGGGGAGUUAGAGUGAACCGAGAGCUAGGUGGGGGCUAACAUGGGGAGUUGAGGAGCACUUGUAGAACGAACGGUGCUUAACUUGGAAACAGUGCCUUUAAAUUUUUGCUAAGUAAGAUGCAAAUACAAAAAAGACGAAAGCCAGGCCAUUAGCGGGUUUUUUUUCCCAAUCAAGAUAUAAUUCACUAAUUCACAAAAUAUAAAAUUUCAUGUAACAUAAAAUUAAUCAUUUAAAAAUGUACAAUUAAGUGAUUUUUCUCUUUUUUUAGUAUAUUCACAAGAUUGUGCAACCAUCACCAUUAUCCAAUUCCGGAACAUUUCCAUUACCCCAGAAUGAAACCCCAGACCUGUUAACAGCCACUCUCAAUACCCCCCCACUUCUCCCCAUGGUCUCUGGCAAGCACCAACCUACUUUCUGUCUCUGUGGAUUCGCCUGUUCUGAACAUUUCAUGUAAAUGGAAUCCUACACUGUGUGACUUUUUUGUAUCUGGCUUCUUUUACUUCACACGGUGCUUUCAGGGUUGAUCUGUGUUGUAGCCCUAUAUAAGUACUCCAUUCCUUUUUAUUGCCAAGUAACAUUCCACUGUAUGACUAGAUCACGUUUUGUUUAUCCAUUCACUGGCUGCCGGACAUUUGGGCUGUUCGGCUAUUCUGAAUCACCCUGCUGUGUACAUUUGUAUACAAGUUUUUGAGUGGCACGUUUUCUGGUCCUCUGAAUGUAAACCCAGGAGUGGACUUGCUGAGUCAUACCAUCGCUUGAGGACUUGCUGGACUGUUAUCCACAUCCGCUGCCCCCUUUUACGCUCCUAGCAGUCAUACACAAGGCUUGCAGAUUCUCCACAACCUCACCGCCGCUUACUUUCCUUUGUUUUUUGGAUUAUAGAUAUCCUAGGGUUGUUACUGUGGUUUUGAUUUGCACUUCCCUGAUGAUGAAUGAUGUCUUGAACAUCUUUUCGUGUGCUUAUUUAAGACCAUUAGGUUCUCAUUAGGGGAUUUAAAAACAUGGCCUAUGUAAGCACUUACCCCUUUAAGUGGGAAGGAGCUCACGGGCCUGUUAGGGGUAUGUGGCAUAUUGAGGGAAGGGAGCUUUAAAUGAAGUUGUCAUGAGAAUACAGCUGGGCCCAUUUCCCUGCUCCCUGGGUAGACCCGGCCCUUUGUUUAUUUGCAGGUGGCCCCGCUUAUUUGUUUUGGGAGACCCCCUCCCCAUUCCUUCUCCCCUUCUCAUGCAUCUCCUCCGUUACAGCGUCUCUGAGCAUUGCACACUGGAUGGGAAUGUCACUGAUUAAAUGGAAACACUGUCUACAUACAGCUUCUCCACUUCUAGGCUCAAAUAGGAUUUUCAAUAGUCCCGUAACAGACAACUUCGUUUGGGUCCAAGGAGCCUUUAAAUGGUGCUGAGAACAGUUUAAAAAAUGUUUAUGGCAGUUCCUUAGAAAAACUUUCGGAACUACUUGCUUCCAGUUAAAAUGAACUCGCUAGAUCUAGAUGGCUUUAUAUGCAUGUCCUCCCCAUAUUGGGCUUUGUCAGCUCAAAAACCUGCCAAGUUAGCCCUUUUUCUGGACAAGAGAACCAUUUUAUUAUUGACCAUCUUAUCACUGACCAUAGUCACCAUAACCUUUACCAUCUGUUUACCUCUAGGACUGGAUCCACUUUGGAUGGAUCCAUCUUCAUUAGGGUUCCAAAAUCUAGCUGUUGCAACCUUUUCUAAAGCAAAUCAGCGUCAGAACUGUGAUCUGGGUGCAGCAAGUAAAGCAGUUUGUGGAAAUUACUUCUGUGGAUCCGCUCUGGUUCUAAGACUCGCACAUUAAGGUUCUCUCUGUGGAAGUGUGGUCUCUCCUUUUUGCCUCCUGACUGGCCUGAAUUAUGUACAAAACUGACAAGUCGAUCCAAUCCAGUUUAGCGAUGAACUAUUAUUUAUUGAGUGCUUGUUAUUUACAAACAACUAUGCUAAAUGCUGUGGGAAAUAUAAAGAUGAGCAUGGUACGGUAUCAGUUUUCAAAUAAUGUGUCGUUGAAUGCAGGGGAGGGCAGGACAGGGUAAUGGGAACACAGUGGCUAGUCUGCAGAUUUCCAUUCUUUUUCUGCAGGCACCUGGAAGAUGACUUAGCCCUGGAGCCUGCCCCAAGGGAACUUACAGUUUGCUAGGAGCUUACAAAAAGGAAUCACCUGAUAUGUAUUAUAUAUGUACUUGAUUUCGUUUUGACAUUUUUUUUUUGUCGAUCCUACAAGAAUGUAAACUUGGUGAGGGUGGGGGAUUUGCCUGUUCACCAACUGCAAAACCUGCAGCCCAGAUCACUCCUCUGUUAGAAGGAGGAGUGCCCUGGAUGGGCAGGGACCCUGGUGCCCGUUUACCACAGACCCCUGCAUUUAGAACAGUGCCUGGCACUCAGAUUUAUUCAGUGGCUGGCUGAAUAGACUAGCUUUCCUCUCAACCCAUUCCUGUAUUCAUAAGUACUCUGAGUUCCUUCUUAAUUUUGAAGAGGAAUGGCCAUUUGAGAUGCCGGCCUGUUGCUUUUUUGGGUGCAUAUUCAUCUCCUCGUGCCAGAGGUGGAAACCUACAGAUUGGAUGUGAGGAGAGAUCUCUGAUAUAUAGUUCUUUGGUGUCUAAGUCCCAAGACUGCACCCUGACUCCUGCUUCCGGCCUGAGCGAGGAAGGACGCUGUGUGUGCAGGCUGAUUCGGGUACUUGAGGAAGAACCCAGAAGCGAACACCAUGGAAUUGAGCUGGGACCAGGACAAACAGACAGGGUCUUGCUCCUGAGGCAGCUGUUCCCGAUCCCUUGCCGUUCCUGGAAGUGAACUAGAACUGGGGGGAGGGGAGAGGCCUCCCUAGAACAGUUUCUCUGCACAAGAGGAUGAUUUUUAGGCCAGGAGGGGCAAGUUGAGUGUAAAUGUGACCUCAGGGGCGCCUGGGUGGUGCAGUCAGUUAAACUGUCCUACUCUUGGUUUCAGCUCAGCUCAUGAUCUCAUGGGUCGUGAGAUUGAGCCUCGCAUCGGGCUCUUCACUCAGUAUGGAGUCUGCUUGAGUUUCUCUCUCCCUCUCCCUCUGCUCCUCCCCACCCCCCCAUGCGUGCUCUCUCUCCCUGUCUCUCUGAAAUAAAUACAUUUUUUUGUUUUUUUAAAUGUGGCUUCCAGUUUGCAUUUUACCUGCUCCAGGCAGUUGCUUUCUGCUGGUUACCUGCUAAUAUCCUGAUGUGCCUUUCCUGGUAUCAGCGCAGUGAUGAGCAUCAGCCUUGGUGGCUUGACAUUUGGGCCAGAACUUGUUUGCCGUCCUCGAGAACUGUGGUCACACGAAGUGGAACCACCAGCCCUGACGACGGGCUAGGGGAUGACGAGGCUGUUGUUACUGUCUUCUGAGACAACGUGUGACGGAGUCGUCUGACCAUGGCAACUGCUGUCACUCACAUUAGAGAGAGGGGCUGCUGCUCCUUCUGGCUGAGUUAGUUGGAGCUAGAAGUUGCGGCGUCCAGGGUCCAGUAGCUGUCCACUGCAACUGGCUGAGUUUGGUUGCGGGCUUGGGGGAGGAAUAAGUGAAGGAGCUUCCUGGGAGAAACAGGGAGGCACUGGCCUGCCAGUUGCCAUCCCUGCCUCUCCUUUUUAAUGCAUCUGCCCCAUCUCCUUUAAUAAUUGCAGUCUCCGCUUUCUGCUGCCCUUAGCAGAAGAAUGUCCUUUGUGUGUCCAAACCAGAUUACUCCAUAAAACCUGGUAACUCCAUAAAACCUCCUCAUAAAUGUGUAGGAAUUGAAACAUUGUAUAAAUUUAGAGCAAGGAUUAAAUGAGUCUAGAGCUAGGGUUACCUUUUUUUUUUUCCCGAGAUACAGCAACUUAUCUCAAGGAGGCCAGUGUUGUUAAUGUUAUUACCAUUGUUACUGUCAUUAUUUGAGCAGUUUUAUGGGAGACAAAAGCCAAUUGACUUCUGCACAUCUUAUUUGUAAAAUCAACACACAGGCUUCAGUGUGAGCUCCACUCCUGGCAGAAUCUGACUGUGAUUGGUUGCGGACUAUUUCUCACAGGCAGUGCUUCUUAAA